UUCAAUCGGAUUCAUCUUCGACACAUUUGUACCAAAGUUAAUAAUUUUCAUUCAAGCAAAUUUGUGUUUUUUUAAGUGACAAUGUUCCAAAUUAUCGGCAGACGUUUUCCAAUAAAUAAAAGUAUUGCAAUUGAUGCUGUGCAACAAUUGAGAUUUAAUUCAACUAAUAAUGUUUCAAAACGAGCCAAAGAAAUUCGAGAUGUUAGAUUGGUCGGUCACAUUACUCAGUCACCUCUAGUAUUAAAAGAUGGAUCGAUGGUUAUCGAAGUCAAAACACGCAAACCAGACGGUUGCUACAUAAACAAUCGAGCAAUCAUUCAAAAUCGAAAAAUAUUGGACAUUUAUGGUGAUUAUUUGUCGAUUGGCCAAAGGGUCUUCCUUAAAGGACACGUAUGGGCGCACACCUAUGAAACUGAGGAGAAAGAAAAUCGUCAAUCAUUGUAUGCGCAUGUUAGUGAGUUUUAUGCCAGCAAACGUAAUCAAUCCGAAAUGGAUACGGUUGAAUCGACCAACAUCUCAGAUGAGAAUAGCGUGUGCAUUCUAUCUCACAUUACUUCGGAUAUCCAACACCAACCAGACUUUUCCACUUUUAAUCUAGCUUCACAUUUUACGAUGAGGAACUAUGACACUGGCGAGGAAAAAGAGAAGGUCACAUAUUUUAAUGUGCAUGUUCAUGACAAAAACUUAAUUCAAAUCUUAAAACAGAAUAUACAGCGAUUUAAUCGCGUUAUAGUCAAAGGUAUUUUGAACAAUAAACCCGAUUCAGAUAUAAAUGGUAAAAAGGUUUCUUUUGGCUAUAUCGAGGCCACAAACAUCCUUCGCGUUGACAGAUUUUCUCAGCCACCGAAUGAUUCAAUUGAAGAAAAUGCAAAUGUAGCACCUGAAUAAGUUGCUGAAAUACAUGGAUAUUGUUGAAAUUUUUAAUUUAGAUAAAUAAAUAUACACAAAUAUUCUAAGAUAUGUGUCGGACUUUUAUGGCGUAGAAAUAAAACAUUAUUUUGUACGGGUCAUGAA